CCGCCCUUAACGGUCCAUCCAUGAUUACGGUCCCCCGUAAACACGUGUGAAUGUAAGCAAAACACUAGUGUUUUCUGCUUUGUGCAGCUUUAUUUAAACGGUUAUAGAUUUGUUAAUGAUACCGAUGGAGAUGGAAGCAGAGAGUGUUAAACCUGAGAAGAGCAAUUUUCUGCAGCCGUUAGAUAGUGAGAUACAAAGAUGGAUGUCAAAGGCGUUUGACAUGGCACUUGAAGCCCUUGAGAACGGUGAGGUUCCAGUUGGCUGUCUGAUGGUUUACAACAAUGAGAUUAUUGGAAAAGGAAGAAAUGAGGUGAAUGAAACCAAAAAUGCUACACGGCAUGCGGAAAUGGUGGCACUGGAUCAAGUGCUUAAUUGGUGCUGUUGCAGAGAGAAGGACCCGAAGGAGGUGUGUGAACAGACCGUACUUUAUGUGACAGUGGAGCCGUGUAUCAUGUGUGCAGCUGCUCUGCGCCUGCUUCACAUACCUCUUGUUGUAUAUGGGUGCAAAAAUGAGCGGUUUGGAGGCUGUGGCUCUGUCCUGGACGUCUCAUCAGAUCAUUUACCACACACUGGAACUUCAUUUAAGUGCAUCGCUGGCUAUAGAGCAGAAGAGGCUGUUGAAAUGCUCAAGAUGUUUUAUAAACAAGAAAACCCAAAUGCUCCCAAACCUAAAGUGAGGAAAGAUUUGAUCAGUCCACCAGAUGGCGCUGUAGUCAUUCAGGUAAAACGAGGACCACAAGAUGAGGAGAGAGAAACAAUUGCUCCUUUGAGUUGAAAUGGAAAAUAUUUGAAAAUCGAGACAUUUACAAGACCUUGUCAGUGCCUGGAUCUCAAAGACUUUUGAUUUUGCCAUCUUUUGAGAUCAGGGAUUUAAUCUACUAUUUGAGGAACCACAUUUGCUCAUUAUCUGGACCACAUUGCUCGUAAACCUCCUUUCCUCCUCUUCUCUGUGGCUGGAGGCUGUGAGUUGUCUGUUAACAGUGUGGAGAAGCAAAAGACUGGGCCUGUUCUGCAUUAAAGCGCAGGUUCUUCUCCAGCUCUUGCUUUCUUUGUGUCCUCAUACAACCCACAGAACUGGUUCUGAACUCUCAAUGAUCUCAGUCUUGGGCUCGUGAGCAGAUGCAGGACAGACCCAGGUGGAGUUUCCACUUACUUCAUAGCCAGACUUUUUAAAGGGAUAGUUAAAAAUUCAUUUGUCAUUACUUUUUCACCCUACGUUUUUUUUUUCAUCAAAGGAGCGCAAAAGGUAUAUUUUAUGAAGAGUUUUGUUUUUACUAUACAUGUAUGUAUGUAUGUAUGUAUGUGUGUGUAUAUAUAUAUAUAUAUAUAUAUAUAUAUAUAUAUACUAUUUUUUAGAUCAUUAAAAUGAAUGAAGACAGAGGCUGUCAAUCUCUAUAGGAAAAAACAAAAACCAUAAAAGUAUCAUAAAACGGACAAAUGAAAUUAGUCUUGAUGCUUUGUGUUCUUUUCUUUGAAGUUUUUAAAGGUCUUUCCUUAGGAUUGGCUGUUUGUUUUAUUUUUUUUUAAUUUUUAAAUAUCUUUAAAUUUUUAUUUGUUUAUUUAUUUAUUCAUUCAUUCAUUUAUUUUUUUAUUUUUUUGGCAGUCUCUGGAAAAUACUUACAAAUUUGUCAUUACCACAAAAGGUACAUUUGCACAAGUAA